AAUUUGAACCCCUGGGAUUUGGUAAUCUUCUAUUCCAAUCAGAUCCAAUCCAUUGACAAUAUAGAACAUAAUUAUUAGUCCAUAUUGUAAAAUUGGGGCUUUAAGACAAAGGGAUGUUAUAUUUCUGCAAAACAGAUUAAUUUCCCAUAAUAUUCGUAAUGAUAGUUGUGAUGACAUGGCUUCUGAAAAUGCUGUACUUUAGUAAUACUAUUGUUGCAAUUCGGUCUGGUUCUUAAACGACCGACUUCACGCCUUCUUUUAAAGAUGCAGACAUAGAGAGAAAGAGUUUCCGCUUGAGCAGCCGGGAAAGGAAAAGUUAUAAUUACGGGACGGUACAUUUUCCUUUGUCUAUUAACUUAAAUCUUCUCGCGAAUUUAUAAAAUUAGAGCGGAACUAAAAUCCAGGGGUUGGUUUUCCGCUUGGACAUUAUUUCCUGGAGCUCUACUCCUAUGCAUUUUGUGUUUCAGUCGAGUUGUUUCCCCGGAUUGACCGGCUGCUAGAUCGCAGGUGUCAAAGCUGGGGCGAUGGCCGAUCAGACGAUUCUCAAGACUUUGCUCUACACCGUCAAUUCUCUCUUGCAGCAGCGGAGAUAUCAGACCACGCUGGCGGUGCUCAAGGGCUUCCGCAACGGAGCGGUUUAUGGAGCCAAAGUCCGUGCCCCUCAUGCUUUGGUAAUGACAUUUCUCUUCAAAAGUGGAAGCCUAAAGGAAAAAUUGAAAGCAAUUCUUCAAGCUACCUAUACUCAUUCCAAAAACCUGGCCUACUUUGUAUUCACUUAUAAGGGUUUGAUGGCCAUGCAGUCACGAAUGCAAGGAAAGAAGAUUCCAUUUCAUUCUUUCCUCGCAGCCUUCAUUGUGGGCUGGUUAGUGUUUGGGGAAAAUAAUAAUAUUAACAGCCAGAUAAAUAUGUAUCUAUUAUCUCGUAUCCUGUUUGGCUUGUCAAGAUUGGCAGUAGAGAAGGGUUAUAUCCCACAGCCCAAACAAGAUCCCUUUCCACUUUUUGCUGCUGUGGUUUGGGGGAUUGUUCUUUGGCUCUUUGAGUAUCACCGGCACACUCUACAACCAUCACUACAAUCAUCCAUGACCUACUUAUAUGAGGACAGUAAUGUUUGGCAUGAUGUUUCUGACUUCCUUGUACAUAAUAAAAGAUCUACUACCAAAUAAUCCUAACAACUAUUUGGAUAAUAACACAUUCCAAUGGUGGUUAAAAAGAUGUAUAUCUGAGCAUCCUUUGUAAUACUGCAUUUAUUUAUAUUAACAUUGGAUAUUAAUUUCUACUUGAAGUCUGUCCACAAUGUUUAGUAUAGAUUGCUGAUUUCUGCUGAUUGGCGCUUGAGUAUUUUACAAGCAAAAUAUUUUCUUCCUUUUUUCUUCAAGAUAUCCAGUUUCCCCUUCUAUACUACCAGCUGAGGAAAAUAUCUCUUAAUUGUUUUAAAAUCAAGAAAUAUGAAUUAAAUGUUAAAAGGAUCAGAUGACACAAGUAACUUUUGCAACUGGUGUCAUCUACAAUUUCUUCGGCAACAAACACAUUUGUUCAGCAAACAAAUUUUCUGCAUGAUGGAUAUCAUUUGAUAAUGAUCUUGAUCUGUAGUUAUGGUAUUUGGAAGUGUUAUUGCUUAUGUUUUGUUUAUCCAUACCUCUUUUCUAGAUUAUAAGGACAGAUAACAGAUCAAACAAAUUUUAAAGAUGGCUUUUAAAAAAUUAUGCAUUUUUUAAAUUCAGUUGCAUAAAUAAUGACACAAAAAUUGGGGUGCUUUUAAGUACACCAUCUUACAAAAUGCUUAAGAUUUAGUAAUGUUAGCAAAUAGAGAAGAAAUAGGUUUUAUUUCUUGGGUUUCUAAAAUGAAAGAAGAGAGUAGAUAGUAUGGUGAAUAUAGGAAGCGUGUCAAAUAGGUUAUUCUUGUUAUGAAAUCCUGUGUUAUGGGGCGGGGGGGCAAAAGUGUGAAUACUAAAAAAUCUUUUCCUUGAUUGAAGCUCUACCAGAUGGAAAAUGAUGCAAUCAUACAUAGCUAGAACUAUUAUUGCAGUUGUCAUUCUCUGAUCAUACAGCCAACAGGUAUAAUUAUGUUUAGUAAUACACCAAAAGUGCCAAAUGGAUUAUUAGAUUUUAUCUCAUUCUUUUAUUAAUGAAUACAGAUAACACUGUAUUGCACUUUUUGAAAUUUAUUUAUUAUUAAACAAAUUUAUAUGAUCACCUGAUUCUCAGAGUGACUCCAAGCAGUGUAUAAUUUUAAAAAUCCACAUUUUUUUUUAAUUUAAAACCACCUAGUGCAGCCACAACAGAAUCAGACAAGCCAUUUGACUGGUUCAGAAUGGCAUCCUCAAGCCCUCUGACAAAACCAUGUCUUCAAGACCUUGUAGAAAAGCAUCAGGGUAGAGGCCAGUCUUAUCUUUGGAGGAAUGAUGUUCCAAAUAUUUAUCAUCCAAUCAUGUUAACUGGCUAAAGCUAGUCUUUCUGUAUCUUUUCCAGUCUUGUACAGAUGCACAGAAAAGCAGUGUCUAUUUCUUAUUUUAAAAGAACAAAAAAAUGGACUUCUAGAUGAAAUGGAUGAUCUUGCAAAAUUUAUUUGCAUAGCAAGCAUAGAUCUUCCUAAAAUGUUAAUUUCUUUUCGUAAUUUCAUCCCUUUGUAAAGUUAUCAAACUCACAGCCCACAGGCCAGAUGCAUCACACACUGGCCAUGCCCACCCCUGGUUUAGCAAAGGGGAAAAAAGUUGCAAUACCUCACAUGAAGAUGUGUUGCCACAAGUUUGACACACCUGCUGUGUGUCAUGAAUACUACACUUGGCCUCAUGCACUGCACGCACACAUACACACACUAUUGCUGCUGCUAAAAAGCUAGGUUUAUAAAUUAAAAUGUCUGCUAUCCUAAUCUCAUUUUAGAGUAAUCACUUUCAACGCAGCGAGCAUAGUGAAGACUCUGUUUUUAAACACCAUUACACAAAUUGAAGCAGCUUUUUUUAAUUGAAGAAAACAAAUGUACUUUUGUAUGUGCUGGAGUUUUAUUUGAAAUAGGAUGCUUAAUAGGACUUUGGUUAAAAAGACAAAACAAGACUGAAUAUAAGGCCUUAAAAAUUAUUGGUUUAUGCUGUUGUACUGAGUUUUUAUUUAUCAUUGAAAAGUUGCUUAUGAUACCAAAUAUAUAUAUAUAUAUAUAUAUAUUUGGGAACCAAGGAAGUUUUGUAUUUAGUUUAUAGGACUAUGAUAUUGCUGUGGCUUGUUAAUUUUUUUUUAAUCACAUGUCUUUACUUCGCUUGUUUGAUAUAUUUGUUAUCUUCCACCAUUAAGUGUCUGUUCUCAUCAGAUAAUCUAUGGAAAUCUAUUGCCUCCUUUUUGAAUUCCUCUCAUACAAAUGUUUGAAAGUCACUAUGCCAAAAUCAUAUCAUGUUUUAUGUUCAAAAGAAUAAAUACCAAUCUGCUUCAGAAUAUUAUUGAUAUUUUGGGCAACGUCUGCCCUAAGCUUUUAUUAUUUCUCUUCUCACAUCGUUGCUUUCAUGCAGUGACACCUUCUGCUGCCUUCUUCUUAAACAAUGGGCAGUAUUUCUUCUUAAAGUUGAAGGAUCAGUAUAUUUUUAACUAGUACUUCAAAUAGAGUUUAGAUUUUUCUGUGUUUCUUUUGGGCUGCAGUCAUCAAACAGUAAUACUGAGCUUUUUUUUUUAAAGCAUAUUGUUUAAGACCCUGUCUGAACUCACACAAAGCACAGGACUGUAAAGCAAAUUAUAUGUGAUCACUCCACUACUGUUCCUAUAGCUUACAGAUGAGGUUGAAUCCCUUCUGCCACUAAUGUGACUGAACAAUGCUAGUGUGUGCUAGGGAAGUGAACUAGAAGUAAUGGGUCGGUCCAAAGACUCUUGGAUACAUAAGUUCCAUUCCUCACUCUUUCAAAUUGUAUUGUUUAGCAAGCUAAGUAUUCUGUUUGGUUUUCAUGCUAAUAAGAAAGAAACACAAAAAGAAUAAGGCGACCGUUUGGAAAUCCAGCUCCCAGGCAGCCUGUCCCAUCAAAAUUAACCAAGUACCAACUAUCUCAGCCCUGAAGAUCAAAACAGAUGCAUAUGUGAAUUGUGUUAAAAGCAGUUCAGUACAGGUUUUACACUGAGAACAUUUUAAUAGGAGAUCUGGAUUCCUGAUCUGAGAAAAUAUCCAUCCUUACUUAACAUGCCAUAAUUUUAUUAAGCCUGAAAAAUGUUUCCCCAAAAAAUAAUAUAAAAAGCAUCUAUGCUGUAUUGAUACUAUAUAAAUUGAGUGAAUUAUUUAUAUUAUUUAAACUGAAUGAAAUAGAUCUAGAAAUGCUUUAGAGGCAGCUUUUAAAAAAAUAAAAUAGAAAAUGAGGAAGAUUAGAAUAAGUCAUUAUCCUAAUUUGAAUUGGAAAAGUACAAUGUCCUACAUAAUUCAAAGAACACUACUUAAUAUAAGCUCCCUGACAUGUUUGUGGAUGUUAAUUGAUAUUGUACGUGCAGAGUCUCAAAUAGUAUAAACUAAUGGAACAAAUCAUUUAACAGUAUAAAGAAUGUGUAAGUACUUUUUUGUUAACUUUCCUGUGGGAAUCAUGAAAGUUUCUUAGAUUUUUUUUUAAAUGCUACAUAUUGGCAACAUUACAUUUACAUGAAUUGCUGAAUUUAGAAAUUUUGGAAAAUAGCCAUGUGUUUUUUUAUAAUAAUAGAUUUCCUCCAUUCACUGAAAAAGUCUCUAUUCUUUUUUUUUGUUUCCUGUUUUCAUAUGGAUAGAUACAAAGUUAUUUUUCAAAUAUAAUUUCCAAUAUAGGCUUUUUCAUGCUGCUGAAUAUAAUUUCCAAUAUAGGCGUUUUCAGGCUGUUGUAAGCUAAUCAUAUUUUUGUAUGUUAGAAAUGUUAAAUGGCUAUACAGUAGAGGUAGUCCUCAACCUACGACCACAAUUGAGCCC